AUAACCUAUAAAUCAACACGAGAUCUGAAAGAAAUUUGAAGUGCUUUCUUUAAUAAAAUUAAAUAAUUUAAAUCAAAUUCUCAUAAUAUUGCAUACCAUAUUUUUCGGUAAAGGUUUAAAACAAGUAUUUUGAAUGUUUAUUGAGUAAAUAAUGUGUUUUGAAGUGAAUAACCUAAAGUUCUUAACCGGUUCAAAAAUUGUUUAAACAUGGAUAAAAAGACAACUAAAGGUAUCUAUAGAGACGACUUAAGAAUUUAUCCAAGGGUAAGCAAUUCUACAUUAAAAAAUAAGAAAAAUACACAUGAGGAACAACUAAAAGAAGAUGUUCAAAGUUACUUGUCUGAUACUUUUUUACCUACACCUGAAAUGUUAAAAUGCACUUUGCCAGCAAACACAAAUCCAAAAAGAAGGAAGACAGUAAGUUUUAGUAACGACGUUAACACCCCAGAUUCAAAAACACUUCAGAGGGAAUGUACACCAUAUAAAUUUAAGCAUAAAAAAAGCAAAUUAGAUAAAAAGCCUAAUAAUUUAGUAUUAAACUUCUGUUCAAGUGAUUCUUAUAUUUUUGAAAAAGAAAGUAACUGUGAUAGUAUAGGCAUGACUGAUUCGUCUUUUGUAAGUUCUGCAGUUGGUUCAUCAUUGCUCCUUCCAUCUUUGUCUGAAUUUGCCACAUUUGAAAAUCCCCAAAGGAAGAAAUUAAAAAAGAAAACAAAAAAGAGGAAAUUAGAAACUACUUCUUCCUCAGAUUCAUUAUCAGAUAAUUCUGCUACUAAAAAUAGCAUUCAGAGGCACAAUAAGAAAAUAAAAGAACACACCACUAAAACAAUAGGUAGCAAUCAAUAUUUUGGCAAGAAUACACAAUCUAAUAUGUUAGUUAAGAAACUGAUUACUUUUGAAAAAAAUGAUAAUAAUCAUAUGCAGCCUUCAACAUAUUUUGAUGUAGAUGAAGUACAUUUUGAAGGUAAAGUCACUGAUCCUUUAACUGAAGUUGGUAAUAAUUCACAAACAGAAGAUGAUAACAUCAAAGAAAUUCUUAAUACAGAUAUUCCCAAAAUUACAUAUGAAGUACAGAAUGUAGAAAUGAGUGUAGGGGACAAUAACUAUACAAUACCUGAAAAUUUUCCUAAACAAAUUACUGAAACCUAUGCAGAAUUUUGUUCAACAUUGGAAACCUCAGUGGGAAACAUUUCUUUAGAAGAUUCAGUUUUUGCUUCAGAUAUUUAUACACAAAAUGAAACAAGUUUUUCAAUAAGUAGCGCCUUUGAAGAAGAUGACGUUGAAAUAGAACCAUCUUUUUCAUUAAGUGAUGAUUCAGCAGAUGACAAUAAUACUUCUGAAGCAAAUUUAAACCCUCCAAAGAGUAAUAUAAAAGAUGCUGGAGAAACUUUAAAUGGGUUUUGUUCACCAAGUCCUCUUAUGGAGCAAUGUAAUGGCUUUAUUAAUCCUCCAGAGGUUUACGAAAAUGAAGAAAAUCCUCAAACAGCAGUUGCUAACUUUUUUCAACUUGACAAUUCCCUGAUAAUAAUUAUCAAACCUGAAUCAAAAUUAUAUUUUAAUGGAUACCUUUUGGUAACAGUUCUUCAAGGUGCUGUUGAAGUUUUAGGGUACAAAUUAACUCCUAAUUCAAAGUCUGCUAAGAUCUAUUCUCCCCGAGGCAACGGAUGUUUAUAUUUUGAGACGGUUGAAGAAAAUAACAUAGCAGAUCUAGAUGCCCACCCUAAACUCAAAGAACUCCACAUUCAAAAUAGUUCACUAGAAGAACUGUUGAAAGAUUGUCAACCUAAUGAUGCUAUGAUAUAUUGUGAAACGUUCGAAAAUUCGAGUUUGAAAUUCAUGGAAAAUUAUGUUACUCAACCGAUUUUCCCUAAACCCGACGAAACUGGUUUGCGAUGUGUGUUUACAGACAGAAUCGACAAUUGGAAGAUAUUUGAACCAAAUGAAGAAUGGGAAUGCUUAAGAAAUGUUGAUGUAACAGAUAAAAUUUUUAUAUGCGGAGGAAAAGGAGUUGGGAAAAGUAGUAUGUUAAGAUACUGCAUUAAUAGUUUGCUGGCAAAGUUCUCUAAAAUUCUGGUCAUCGAUUUAGAUCCUGGUCAACCCGAAUUUACCCUACCAGGAUGCGUUUCUGCUGUUAUAAUCGAUGAACCUAUUUUCGGACCAAAUUAUACGCAACUACGAAAGACUGAAAGGAGUUUUUUCGUGUCUAAUAUUGAUGUUAGCAAUGAACCGCGUGAAUAUUUGAAUGCAGUAAAAGAGAUUGUUACAUACACAAGAACUUUGAAGCCCAUGGUAACCUUUGUUAAUUAUAUGGGGUAUUCCAGGGGACUUGGAGUGAAUCUAGCAGCUUCAGUAAUUACAAUAUUAUGUCCUACGAUUUUGAUUCAAAUCAAAAGUAAACACAUUCAGCGAAAUUUUAAAGAAAAUUUGACGCCAGAGUUUAUCGAAAAUCAAGCAAAACUUUUUUUGCCUUAUUUUGAAGCGUCGUUAAAUUACCAAUAUGUAUCUAUAGGGUCAGUUGCCGAUGGUAACAGAAACGCCGACACAUCGGCAAAACAACUAAGGGAAAUGCGAAUUUUUUGGUAUUUUGGGAAAAUAGUAUCUCCUGAAAGAAAUUUAUUAACUGAUAAAAAUGUUCCCGUUUAUGAAAUUAGCCUAUCUGACAUUAAAAUAAUACAUAACAAAAAAAUUGUACCACCAUUGGUUGUGAAUGGUAAUUUGGUUUGUUUGUGUCAUAAACGACAAGAGUAUGAUAGCUGUGUUUGCAUAGGAUGGGGAAUUGUACGUGCUGUUGAUUUGGUGAAUGAUAAACUGUAUUUGAUAACACCAGUUCUUCCUGAAGAUUUAGAGCUUAUUAAUUACAUUGCCUUGGGCUCUAUAUAUUUGCCUGAUUCUAUUUACCUAUCAAAUUCGUGUAGCAGUGGUCUAAUGCCUUACGUGGCACAAGGAGUUUUAAAUAUUUUUGGUGAAAUUCCUAAGCGUAUUCAAGAAUAUAACCGAAGAAAGAUUUUCGUACAUUAAA